AUGCCGGAUCAUUUGGCUGUUUAUAUCGGCACCGCUUUUGUUGCAGGUGCCGGUCUAGCCUUGAUAUGCAAAGAGGCACUGAGUACGCCGCGCCGCGAAAAUCCAACCCCAUCCAAGUCCGAACCUGAUGGUCUUGUCGCAAGGCCAGGACCUCCGGCCAUUGUCGAGGGCAUUGAAGGGUGUAUUGGGAACACGCCCCUCUUCCGGAUCAAAUCCCUCUCUGACGAGACGGGAUGUGAAAUUCUAGGUAAAGCAGAGUUUCUCAAUGGAGCCGGCCAGAGCUCGAAAGACCGUGUAGCCCUGAGCAUGAUUGAAAUUGCAGAAGAACAAGGGAUCUUAACCCCUCACUCCGGAGACACAAUCUACGAAGGCACAUCCGGCUCAACCGGAAUCUCCCUCGCAACCCUAGCCCGAGCAAAAGGCUACCUAGCCCACAUCUGCAUGCCCUCAGACCAAGCAAUCGAGAAAUCAAACCUUCUCCUCAAACUCGGCGCAAUAGUCGACAGAGUGCCUCCGGCCCCCAUCGUAGAAAAAGAAAACUUCGUCAACCGCGCCCGAACCCUCGCCCAAACACACACAGCCUCCUCGCAAGGCCGCGGUUUCUUCGCUGACCAGUUCGAGAACGAAGCGAACUGGCGCGCCCACUAUGGCGGCAGUGGACCGGAGAUUUAUGCCCAGUGUGAGGGCAGGAUCGAUGCUUUUGUUGCGGGUGCGGGGACGGGCGGAACUAUCUCUGGCGUUGCGCGGUAUUUGAAACCGCUGCUUCCUAAGAUUACGAUUGUGUUGGCCGAUCCGCAGGGGAGUGGGCUUUAUAACCGUGUGCGGUUUGGCGUGAUGUUUGAUCUUAAGGAGAGGGAGGGUACGCGGCGGAGACCGCAGGUUGAUACUAUUGUUGAGGGGAUUGGGAUUAAUCGCGUUACGGCGAAUUUUGAGGCCGGGAAGGAGCUUGUUGAUGAUGCGGUUAGGGUUACGGAUGCGCAGGCUUUGGCCAUGGCGAGGUGGUUGGUUGAGAAAGAUGGGAUUUUUAUUGGGAGUAGUAGUGCUGUGAACUGUAUUGCGGCAGUCAAGACGGCGCAAAAGUUAGGCCCUGGACACCGGAUUGUUACUGUGCUGUCUGAUUCAGGUUCAAGACAUUUGUCCCGGUUCUGGGCAAAAGCUGGUGAUGUUGGUGGUGCUGUUGACACGAGGCUUGAAAGCGUUCUUAAUGCUCGGGAUGAAGAUUUUGAGUAG